AUGGCAGAGGCAGCACUCCUUGCUCUCUCGAAGAUUGGGUCCUAUUUAGGAGGAGAAGCAGCUACCUUCAUUGCAACCAAAUUUUCUAAUUUGAUCGAGCUACCAAACACUGUGCGGCGUAUUCGUAGGGAACAUUUGAUGAUGAACAUCUUUAUACGGAAGACAGGUGCAUCCUGUCUCAGUGAUGAGCUCCUCAAGGCUUGGAUCACAGAAGUGAGAAUACUGGCCUACUGUGUCGAGGACAUAAUGGACAAUUUUUCAUAUCAUUCUCUUCAAUUCAAGCAAGACCCUAAAGGGAAAAAGUUGGCCAAUGGGUUAAGCUAUGGUCUAGUGUUUAGUGGAAUUGCUGAUGAUUUAGCUCAGAUAGAGAAGGAAAUUGAGCAUGUUUCGAAGUUGAAGAAUCUGUGGUUGAACUCAGUCCAUGAGCAUCUUCCUACUCAAGUUAGCAGUCCUGAACAGCAAUUCCCUCAAUACAGUUUGCCCCAACUUGUAAAGGAUGAAAACCUGGUGGGGUUAAAGGAAGAAAGAGAGCAAUUAAAGGAAUGGUUGAUUCCCAAUGCACCUGUCAACAUGAAAAAUAUGCCAGCUCUCAAGGUGGUAUCUUUGUUGGAUAUCUUCGAAAUCCAUGCUUGGCUCACUGUCUCACAAACAUACAGAAGUGUAGAUGCUUUGCUGAAGGAGCUACUAAAGAUUGUUAGUGCCUCUGAGCACACAACAACAGCUCAUGUUAACAGUGUCAAUCAGAAGGAAGUGACUGUACCAGUUGACAUUGAUGUAGGACACAAGAAACAGCUGAAACCAGAUGAUAUCGACAAAAUGAGCAUCUUAGACUUGAAGAAUUGUGGGAAGGAAAGUCGCAUUGUCAUCACAACAAGGAAACAGGAUGUAGCUGCUCUUGCCACACCAGGUUACCAGCUCAACCUGAAUCCAUUAGACAUCAAGGAUGCACUCCAGCUCUUCUGUACAAAGGCUUUUCCCAGCAAAACCCACUUUGAUUGGAUAUCAGAACUUCUUGAGUGUGCUAAUGAUAUGAUGAAGACGUCUGAGGGUCUUCCAUUGGAGAAGUGCCCACUCGAGCUUAUAGAGCUUGCUAAUCAUAUUGUUAGGAAAUGUGAGGACUUCUCGGUGGCAAAGUGUCCAUCUGAGCUUCAGGAUCUUGCUACUUAUACUAUAAACAAAUUUAAGGGUUUAUCACUAUCAGCAUGCCCAUUAGAGCUUCAGAAUCUAGCUACUCUUAUUGUAAAACAGUGUGAGGAUUUACCUCUGGUAAAGUGUCCAUCAGAGCUUCAGGAGAUUGCUAUUGAUAUUGUAAAGAAAUGUAGGGGUUUGCUGCUGGCUAUUGUAUCAGUAGGCAGUAGGUUGUCUUCAAGGAAGCAGAUAGUGCCAGUUUGGAGGCAGAUGUGCAAUGAGCUUGUGAGCUGGAAAAAGAUGACCAGCCUGUUUCCGGAAGAUUACCACUUCUCAAAGGAUGACCUUGUGCGACUGUGGGUUGCUGAAGGAUUUGUUGAAAAGAAAGGGGAUAGCACUCCUGAGGAGGUAGCAGAGGGCUAUCUUACCAAGCUGAUCCACCGCAAUAUGCUGCAACUUGUGGAAAAUGAUGAGCUUGGCAGGGCGAGUACAUGCAAAAUGCAUGACAUUUUAAGAGAGUUGGCCCUUUGCAUCUCUAAAGCGGAAAUGUUUGGUACAGUAAACGAUUUUGGUGCAAUGGUGCAGAUGGGCACAGAUGUUCGUCGCAUAUCUUCUUAUGGAUGGAAGAAGAUGAAAAAGAAUAAAUCCAAGAUGAAAUUUCCAUACCUCCGAACCCUGAUGGCAAGUGAUACCAUUGUGGACUAUGUACCAUCAAUACUAUCUGAAUCAAAGUACCUUACUGUCCUUGAGCUGCAGAACUCUGAUUUCCAGGAACUGCCUACAUCUAUAGGGAAUCUGUUUAAUCUGAAAUACAUUGGCCUAAGAAAUACAAGAAUAACAUCUCUGCCAGACUCCAUUAAGAAUCUCUGCAAUCUCCAAACUCUUGAUGUCAAAUCAAAUAGUAUAAAAGCACUGCCACCUGGUAUAGUGAAGCUCACUAAGCUAAGGCACCUUCUUGCUGACAAAUUUGCUGAUAAGAACCAGUCAGAGUUUCGGUACUUCGUCGGAGUGGAAGCUCCGGAAGGGCUUUCGAACCUUGAAGAUUUACAGACUCUUGAGACUGUGCAAGCAAGCAUGGAGUUGCCGGAGCAACUUGAUAAGCUUUUGCAACUAAGAAGCCUGUGGAUAGAUAACAUCACUUCUGCCCACUGUGCAGGGCUUUUUGCUACCUCCACUUCUUUCCAGUUUGCUUCUAUCUGCAGCUGA